AUGCCUCCUGCAACAGCCACUCCAAACGGCCCAGGUCAUGUGUCCAACGCACCUUCGGUCGAUCCCGCCGUUCUCGGCUACUGGCGUGAGCGUCUCGCCAAUCUGCCAUAUCCGCAAUUGCCAACAGACUACCCACGCCCUGUCAAGCAGCAGAUGGUCGAAGGCGAGGAAACGCUCUUGCUGGACGACAAGACGUGCCGAUCCAUCUUGCACUUUAGCUUGGACGCCGACGUCAAGCCCUUCACCACGGUUCUGGCAGCUUUCACCAUCCUCGUGCACAAGUACACGCGCGAGGAAGACAUUGUCAUUGGCUCCUCGUCGUCCAACUACAACCCGCUCGUGUUGCGCCUUGGCGUCAACGGUGAGUCGACUCUGCGCGAUGUCGUUCUGCACGCACGCGAUGUCGAAGAGGCCGCCAACAAGAAUGACAUUCCGUUCGAUGCGCUGCUCGAGACGCUGCGCGCGGCCGACUCGAACGCUGCGAGCCACUUGCCGGCGUCUGCAACAGCCCAGGACGAGCGCGCCUCGUCCUCACUGAUGCCGCUCUUCCAGAUCCGGUUCUUUAACGUUGUCGAUGUGGCCUCGCACACGCUGGAUGCCGCUCAAAGCUGCGACUGGACUGUCUACCUAGAGCAGCUCGCCGACUCGAAGCGUCUGCUCCCGCUCAAGCUGCGCGCCAUUUACAACACGGUGCUCUUUUCGCGCGAGCGAAUGGCCGAAAUGCUGCGCCAGCUCGAGCUCAUGCUCUUGCACAUGACGCGCUCGGCCCACUUGACCGUGCUCGAUACGUCGAUUCUCACCGAGGUGUCUCGACCGGCCCUUCCCGACCCAAAUGUCAAGCUCGACGACACUUGGUUUGGUGCCAUCCACGACCGCUUUUCUGCGCGUGCUGCGUUGCAUCCAGAUCGCACUGCCAUCGUGCAAGGAGAAUCAGAGGUCUUCACGUACCGCCAGUUGGAUGAGCUCAGCAACCGCGUCGCCAAUCACCUCAUCCGUCACGGAAUCCAGGUCGAAGAUGUUGUCGCCCUCUACGCCCACCGCUCGGCUGCUUUGGUGGUGGCCAUCAUGGGCAUCCUGAAGGCCGGCGCCACCUUUACCGUCAUUGACCCGGCCUACCCCGUCCAGCGCCAGAUCAUUUACUUGAGUGUCGCCAAGCCGCGAGCUGUCAUCACGCUCCGGCUUGCAGGAGCACUUGACGACGAAGUGCAGACGUACAUUGACAAGGAAUUGUCCGUUGUCUGCCAGCUUCGAGGCCUGUCGCCGCUCGUCGACACGCCCGAGCUCGAGGCAGCACUCGCGCCCGACGCGACAACAAACCCCGGCGUUUCAGUCGGGCCCGACUCUGUCGGUACGCUCUCAUUCACAUCCGGAUCCACCGGUAUUCCGAAGGCCGUGCGCGGCCGACACAUCUCCCUCACCCACUUUUACCCGUGGAUGAUGACGGAAUUUGGACAGGAUGAAAACCACCGCUUUACCAUGCUGUCUGGCAUUGCCCACGACCCCAUCCAACGCGACAUUUUCACGCCGCUCUUCAUGGGCGCCUCCAUCCACAUUCCAAGCGCGGAUGACAUUGCCAACCCCGGGCAGCUCGCGGCAUGGAUGGCCCGCCACGGGUGCACGUGCACGCAUCUCACCCCAGCCAUGGGUCAGCUGCUGACCGCCAACGCAUCGGCCCAGAUGAAGGACUUGCGCCUGGCCUUCUUUGUCGGCGACGUGCUCACUCGUCGUGAUGUCAUGCGCCUGCAAGCUCUGGCGCCCAACGUGCGUGUCAUCAACAUGUACGGCACGACCGAGACCCAGCGUGCAGUCAGCUAUCUGUCUGUGCUCAACGACGCAGCAAGCAUGGAGCGCCGCAAGGAGAUUCUCCCGGCGGGUCGCGGCAUGAAGGAUGUUCAGUUGCUCAUCUUCAACCGCAACCCGCCGGUGGAUGGCGGUGCCGCUUCCGCUGCGGCCGUUGCUGCCACGGUGACCCUGGCCGGCGUGGGCGAACUCGGAGAGUUGUAUGUGCGCUCGCCUCAUCUGAGCAAAGGCUACCUGGGCUUGCCCGAGCAGACGGCUGAAAAGUUUAUCGUCAAUCCGUUCAACGCCAAGGAUCCGACCGAUCGCUUGUACGCCACUGGCGAUCUCGGACGCUACAUGCCCGACGGCACCGUCGAGUGCAUUGGACGGGCGGACGAUCAGGUCAAAAUCCGCGGCUUCCGCAUCGAGCUCAAGGAAAUUGACACGUACCUCGGCCAGCACCCUCACGUGCGCGAGAAUGUCACCCUUGUGCGCCGCGACGCCAACGAAGAAAAGACCAUUGUCAGCUACUUUGUUCCCGUCAACCCGCACCCCGUCCCGGCGCCUGACGGCUACGACAUUGACGCCAUCCGCGCCUUCCUCAAGGAGAAGCUGCCCUCGUACGCCAUUCCGACCGUCUUCUUCCCGCUCACGCGCAUGCCGCUCACGCCCAACGGCAAGAUUGACCGCAACAAGCUCCCCUUCCCGGAUCGUGCGGUGCUCUUUGCCCAAACGGGCGCUGGAAGUGCGCAAGAGGACUCGACACUGACGCCGCUCCAGCGCGAGCUCAUGCAGCUGUGGGAGUCUGUCCUUGGCCGUCCCGUGCGCGUGGACGACAACUUUUUCGACGUCGGAGGCCACUCGAUUCUUGCUACACGCCUCACAUUCCAGCUCCGCCAAGCACUGCGUCGCGAACUGCCGCUCAACUUGCUGUACCAGUACCCGACCAUCCGCUCCAUCAGCUCAGCCCUGGAUGCUGUCGAGUGCGACCCUGCAGCGCUGCUCACAGACUCGAGUCGCGAGCACGCCGAAGAGCUCAACAUUGAGGCCGAGGUUGUUCUUGAUGCCACCGUGGUGAAGGCCGCGGCCGCCGCAGCGCCGCUGGACCUGGCCAAGAGCGUUACCUCCCCAACCAACAUCUUCCUGACUGGUGCCACGGGCUUCCUCGGCUGCUUUUUGCUGCAAUCGCUGCUGUCCAAGCAUUCCGCAGCGACAGUCCACACCUUGGUCCGCGGAUCGUCUGUGGCGAGCGCUCGCGAUCGCCUGCUCAAGAACAUGGCUGCCAACGGCUUUUGGACGAGCUCUGAGAACCCUGCCGUCGUCGAGCAGGAGACGAGUCGUGUGAAUGUGAUUGUCGGCGAUCUUGCAGAGCCCCUGUUUGGACUGGAAGCAGCGGCAUUUGAUGCCCUCGCUGCCAAGAUUGAUGUGGUCAUCCACAACGGUGCUCUCGUGCACUGGGUCUACCCUUACUCCAAGCUCAAGUCCAUGAACGUGGAUGGCACGGUGGAGGCGCUGCGCUUGGCCGUCACCCACCACAUCAAGCCGCUGCAUUUCGUUUCGUCCACGUCCGUGUUUGAUUCGCUGCACUACUUGCAUCGCAACGAGCCGGUUUUGGAACAGGAGCCUCUGGAGGGUGGUCCGGGCCUGUCGGUCGGCUAUGCCCAGUCCAAGUGGGUGGCCGAGCGCAUUCUUAUGCUUGCGCGUGACACGCACCAGUGGCCCAUCACCAUCUUGCGCCCUGGCUACAUUCUUGGCCACAGCAAGUCUGGCGUCACCAACACUGACGACUACCUCGUCCGCUUGAUCAAGGGCUGCAUCCAGCUCGGCAAGGCGCCUCGAAUGCGCAACAAGGUCAACAUGUGCUCGGUCGAUUUCGUCGCCUCUGCCAUUGCGCACAUUGCGACCCAGCCGGCGGCUUUGGGCAAGGUCUUCCACUUUGCCAACCCCCACCUCUUCCGCUUUAGCGAUCUGUUUGGCCUGCUGCGCGUGUACGGCUACGACAUUCAGUUUGAAGACUACAUUGAGUGGCGUGAAGGCUUGAUGAAGAUGACGCUCGAGUCGCGCAACAACGCCCUCUACCCGCUGCUGCAUUUCGUGCUCGACGAUUUGCCAACGCGAUCCAAGUCGCCCAAGCUGGACACGACGCAGUUGUACGCGACGCUCGAGAACUCGGGCAUCGAGUGUCGCCCCAUGCAGGACUUGCUCGGAAUCUACCUGAGCUAUCUCGUUGAUACGGGCUAUCUCGAACCCCCGACCAUUCGCCCGACCUCCAACACGCUGAACAACGCUCCGGCCCUGUCGCCAGCUGCCGCGACCAGCAUUCUGCUCAACAGCGGACAGCCUGCCAUCCAGCCUGCGCGUGCAUCGUCGCCGAUCGCCUUGGACAACAAUCUGCCCGUCAUCGUGCGUCCUCUGCCACAGAUUGCUGGACAGCCCAAGCCUCAAGGGGUUGUGACUCGCAGCGAUCGUCCUCAAAAUUGAUUUUGAACAACAUGCUGUUUUGGUUUUUUUUUUUUUGUUUGUUUGUUAUUGUUUUGUUGUUUUUGUUUGUUUUCUUGCCCAUGAAUGUACUGUACCAUUGAAACUAUUUGCU